UAUGUUUUGCACACUUUGAGCAUCUGGUUGUCAAAGUAGCUGUUUUGCAAGGAUCUCAUCUGGAGACAAAAUAUAUCUGGAGGGUAUCUCGUUGGUUGCGUAAGUUACCAAUGGGUAAUAGCCCCAACAGUUUUCAUCUCGUUGUUUCCAAAAUCGAAGCAAACAACCCUGAAAUCGAAGAACUAGAUCUCGAGACUCAUGACCUCGGAGACAAACGAGUGCGACUACUGUCGGAAGCUUUGAGACAGAACAACACUCUGCAGUUGCUCAAUUUGUCCGCUUGCAAUGUCACUGCGACUGGUGCGCGCUUCUUAUCUGAUGCCAUCUGCAGUGUCAUCAUCACAAGCAACAUCAGGAGACUAAAUUUGUCCAACAACCCAAAGAUGGGACCUGAAGGUGGUCACUAUCUAGCCAAUGCACUGCAAAACAAUAAAAUAUUAGAACAUUUGAAGGUGAACCAGUGUGGCUUGGGCGACGAGGGAUUCUCUCCUAUUGCUUGUGCUCUGGCCUCGAACAGGUCUUUGUCCGUGUUGGAAUCAGGUGAUAAUAACAUAACUGAUGAAGGAGCUCAGUCUCUGUCGGAGGCUCUAAAGUUAAACACGACAUUGGAGGGCAUCUCAUUGUGGCACAAUUUGAUCAAAAGCCAUGGUGCACAGCAUCUUGCUGAAGGCCUGAGCGUAAACAAGUCAAUGAUAUGGAUAGGACUAGGAAGCAACAUGAUUGGUGCAGAAGGAGCAUGGGCGUUUGCUGAAGGAAUACAAGGAAACGUUUCUCUCCAGUGGCUUGGAAUGGGAGGAAACGAGAUAGGAGACCGAGGAGCUAUGCAUCUUGCCACCUUACUCACAGGAGAUGCUUGCUCUGUGCAGUCUAUUGGGCUCGGUGGCAAUAACAUAUCUGACGAUGGUGCAUCUCACCUCGCACAAGCACUCAAGUCUAAUACUAAAUUGAGUUCUCUUGGUCUUGGAGGGAACACAAUAGGUGAUGAUGGUGCUCAACAUCUAGCAGACAUGCUUACCAGCAACAAUACACUACAGAAACUGCUCCUCUCGUCCAACGUUAUUGGUGACACGGGUGUCAUUCACCUUGCUACUGCUCUGGAAUCCAACAUGGGACUGGAAACUCUCUUACUAGCAGAAAACCCAUUCGGAGAUGAAGGGGGUACAACACUGACUCAGACACUCUGCUCACACAAUAAGACACUUCACACACUGGAUGUCCGCAGAACGCAGAUGAGCCGAUCAGGAGAGAAACAACUAGUUAAAGCACUGGAGAAAAAAAGUGCCAUAACAAAACUAGGAUCAGGACAUGACAAACAGAGCCCUCUUAUGUUAAUCAAAGGAAAUGAGAAUCGACAAUUUCGUGAAGGACAAGAACGACGAUCAGAAGCAGCAGCUGCUGUGAAGAAAUAUAGGAAUCAAGCCAUUCCGGGAAUGGAGGACGGUUUCGAUGUCCACUAAUUACAGACUGCACCACAGUUACAUACGCCAUAGUUGGAAAUUAUAAGCUAUUUUGAAACGAUAGUAAGGUAUCACCCUUACUAUAGUUGCUGUAUAAGAAUAUCUGUCUCACACCAGGCAGUUCAUUGCCCUAACAAACCGGAGCAUAAACCGCUCAAUAAUCAUUUACCUAGUCUCCGUUCACAGUUUGCAAAUGUUUCUAUAGUUGCUAAGAAUGACUUGUAGUUUACGUUGUGAUGAGUGUAAAGAGACCUAGACACAAUCAG